AUGGUCAAGACAUCAGAGAGGAUGAAUUGUGAUUGUAGAAGUCAGUCUCAACCAAAGCCUGGUUUAAAUUCCAUCCCUUUAAGGAUGUACAGUUACAUACCCUAGAGGUCAGUUACUAGAAUUGCAUCUUAUCCUGGCAAUGGUCAUCGGAGAGAGGAAACCUUGGAGAAAUUCCAACAGGUCUGCUGGCAGAAAAGACUGCAAGGAUUCCAGGACUGCAGCAGCACAGGACAACGAGACCCUGCCAAAGCCUUGCCAAAACUGACACCAGGUGUUCUCGCUGGUGGUCCACACUUUGGCCCCAUGCCCACCCCUGCCCAGUCUUUAGAUUUGGCAGAGAUGAUUCCAGGGUUUGGUCUGGGCAUCCCACAGCUCCUCUGCAAAUCAUUUCUGGUGUCUGAGGAAGAUAUAAUGAAACAAACAGAUGUAAAAACAGCAACAGAGAGACUGGCAAUAGCACUGGUAGCAGAUUGCUUUGGAUAG